AAUAAGAAGUGCUCCCUUGAAUGGUCCUAAGCUCCUAAAUCUCAGAAAAAAGGAGAUCGAGGCAAAGCCAAAGGGAGAGAGAAAGAGAAAGAGACUCUCUUUGAGUUUGAACUUUGAAGCCAAUUAUGACGGCCAAUCACCAUUUUAGCCAUAACUGGUUAUUGUUGUGUCUCUUGCUCAUAUCCUUCCAAAUCCAAACUUCUGUUCAUUGCUUCCAAUACAAGGUUGGAGAUCUAGAUUCUUGGGGCAUUCCCACUUCAUCAAAUCCACAACUAUACACCAAAUGGUCCAAAAAUAAUGAUAUCAAGAUUGGUGACUCCCUUUUGUUUUUAUACCCACCAAGUCAAGAUUCAUUGGUUCAAGUAACACUGGAAAACUACAAGAGGUGCAACAUUAAGAACCCUAUAUUGUACAUGAACAAUGGCAAUUCAUUGUUCAACAUCACAUCAAAAGGUGAAUACUUCUUCACCAGUGGAGAGCCAGGGCACUGUCAGAAGAAUCAGAAGAUUCAUAUAACUGUUGGUGUUAAUGCUUCUUCAGAUGUUGAUGCUCCAUCACCAUAUGGAUCAGCAACUUCUUCUGCACCUUCUUAUCAACCUGUUUUUGGCAGCAUUCCACAGCCUCCUUCUCAAUCCAUGGUAGCCUCAGAUUCAUCUCACAUUGCUUCAAAUUCUCAAGCUCUUAUCAUUGGAUUUGUGAUGUGUUUGCUCUUCUCUGCCUUAAUGUAAGGCCCAUAUAGAAACAGAACAAAUAUCUCUUGUGCUUUUUUACUUUCUGUCUCGAGAUACUUAUCAAACAAAGUUAAGAAGUUGAGGAGUUUCUAGAGUCGGAAAUAUUUCAUUGGUGAUACUGUUCUUCUGUUUCCUUUGAUUCUUUAUCGCAGAUCUAUGUAAUUCUUUUGAAAAAUUUUCCUGGCCAUGGUUUUGGAUCAUGGACUUUGGCUAUAUGAUGUAAUUGAAUAUUUGAAUUCUUUCAGCUAGUGAUAUGCUGUGAUGUAAUACCUGUUAUUGGAGAUUUAAUUUAAUUAAUGAUA